AUGCGCUACCUCCAAAACAUUGUCCUUUUGAUCGGUUUCCUGGGAGCAGCUCCUGCCGUUCUUGCAGUUGCGCCAUCCACUGAGAGUUCUGGAGUUGAGAUUGCUCAGCCCAAUGCGGCCGAUGCACAGCCACCACAAGCCAUCCAGCCUCAGGAUGUAGAGGAUGAGAAUGACGAGGAAGAGGAUGAUUUGACGGGCAAUGAUGGCGCCGCCGUGUUGGCUCAGCUUGAGUCCCGAGCUCGUGUUAAGUGCUUGACUAGAGGCCGACCUGGCAAGAACUGCUAUCACUCACAAUGCCCUGGAAAUAAACAGUGCAAGGUCAACACGCGAGGAAACUGUGUAUUCGAGCUUUCUCAGAAGAAGAGGCCCUUUGGUUGCAGCCAAUGUCUUUGCUACCGCUCGAGCUUGUGA